AUGGCGAGCCAUUUCUCCGAACUGGCGGAUGAGUUGAUCCUAGCCAUCGUCGACCAUCUUGACGCCCCGGAUGUCCUGCGACUCCGUACGACUAGCAAAAGGCUGGCAGAUGUAGCCGAUGGGCCACUGCAGAUCCGCCGACAUAGACUGUAUCUCCACCCCAUCAGCGUCUACCAUGCCAUUCAAGUCUGCUCAGACCCAACCUGGUCGAAGGAAAUCACGGAGGUAGUGAUUCUAGGAAAUUCACAACCGACGAUGGAAACCAGGGAGGUCAUCCACUUCCCUGACUUCAUGCUCGACUAUCAUCCCUGGUCUCAGUUUCCUCCAACCUCAGACGGCGAACGAGUGCUAGACUAUUCUGAGCUCGUAGAAGCACAAUCCAACACUUUCGAACAAAACUACGCGUCUCUUGUCGAAGCCAUUGCUAGCCUACCCCAAUUGCGGACGAUCAGUUAUGCCGGGGUUGUGAUUGAUCCUGGAUUCUGCGGGGUUUCCACGCCAUCUAUCCUGGCCCAUGCAAAGCAACGAGAUCUCUGGCGUAACUCAUUCGGCAGUGAGGACCAGCCUCAACUACGAUGGGCACUUCGUACAGUCUGGUGGUCAGAUGUUGAGGUGUUGACGGGGAUCAUGGCUGCGUUGCCAUCCAAGUUUGAACAAGUCGACAUACAACAGCCAAUGCCGGCCGUGAAGCGUUACUCAACGACCCAACUCGACCGCGCUGGAACUGUGGGAUGUCGACAAGAUGCUGCAUUUAGGACAUCCAAGCUCGGCGAAUGUGUCACAAAUCUCAGUAUCACUGUGCCAGGACAACACGGUUGGAAGAUAUUCCUGCAGCAUCUCACGUCCGAAAUGGCCAGCCUUCAAAACCUGACAAUCAACAUCAAUUCGAGGAUUGACGAGCACAGCCCGCCGUUCAGUCAAACAUCAGUGACAAAUAGGCAUCAGAUAUUGUGGGAAGAAGAGGGAUCAAGAACUCGCCGCUUCAACCCCGACCGACUUGCCUGGUCCGCUGAGCUGCACAGUCUGACGAUUCGGUGCACAUCGAGCUUCCCGUAUAGCAUGCGCGCCAAGGAUGUGAUUCGGUGCUUGAGACGGUUCAAGCAGACCUUGCAAAAGGUUGACAUCUCCAAUGUCAUCCUGUACUCCACUGAAGAGCCCGAUCAGGGGCCCAUUGGUACACGGCAGGCCACCAAGGAUGUCGUGAAGUGUUUGAGGACGAUAGACGAUCUGCGUAGUGCACAUCUUGUUGUACCGCGCGCGGGAUGUGCUCCUGAAUGUUCAGCUCGUUUGACGAACCACCACCUCGCGCAAUGUUUCCUCUGGCCCGUAGAAGCGGCGUUUAUCGGUGCUGAGGUUUUUGAGCAACUGGCAAGGGAGUUGGAUAUUCCUCGAGGUGACGUUGGCUGGGACUUUGCAGCCAAUGUUUGCAAUUCAUAUUGGGAGUGGAAGAGGAAUAUUGAUGUUGCCGCUCGAAGUCAGCUUGCCGACUUGCUAGCUAUCCGCCAUAGCCAACAGCUCACCGACCACGAGCCAAACCUGCGACCCGAUCGACUGGCAAACUACGAGCCAUUGAUCUGUCGAAGAGAUGCCAGUGACGGAGCCCGCGGCGAAUCCACAGACAGCACCUCCUGCGAUAUCUUCAACAACGCCUUCAACAACCGUUUCGACAACUUCUUCGACCACCUCUUCGACGACCUCGCCGAUCACCUCGUCGCUCACGUCUUCAACGACCACAUCGCAGACUUUUUGGACGAUCUCUCCAACAGCCACUUCAACUACCUCCUCGAAGAUUUCAACCGAAACUUCGACGACGACCCCAUCGACCACGACUACCGCUUCGACGUCAGGAGCUGCGACGGCAUUUGCAACUAUAACUGCGAAGAAUACUACAACGCCGCUCUUCGUGUCAUCAACCACGAGUGCGACAAUGUCUCUUGCAACAACAACAUGGUGGACCGAGGCCCCGAUCACGCAGGCUUCGACGGUGGAGACUACAACAAUGGAAACAAGCUCGGCGACGCAGGAGGCGGCCACAACACGAUACGAUACACCACUAGCAAGCUCCACGUCUAUUGCAUGGUGGAACGCUCCAAAUAUGGGUGUCGACCCAGCGUUGGUCACGUCGCAGACCAGCGCGACAAGCACUACAACCCAUGGCGCAUUCGCAACGCUUACUGCGCCGUGGAAUUCCACCCUCGCUCGGACUUCAGCACCAACCUUGGCGCCUGUUCAGUUGGAUACGGCGGAGUGGUAGAAUCGUUUUCAUAG